UCGUCGAAAUUGCAAGAGCUGCAUUUACAGAAGCUGCAGUUCCUGUUUUAACCAAUGAACACUAUGCAUUUACACUUGCUGUAUAUGAUAUAUUCCUAAACCCAAGAUCCAAAAGUAUUAAUGAUUAUAGCAACAGUGGUCCUUCUUAUAAUUCAGCAGAAUCAAUAAUUGAUGAUAAAACAACGGCUUUGUCUCAAGGUGAAAAAUCACGACAAGCUUUCUCUGAACCUGAGCUCGGGUCUUUUUCUCAAGGUAGUGGUUCUAUGAGUCUUUCGCAGGAUGAGAUGGAUGAAUUGUUUGCUACUGGUCUUGAUAUUAAUAAUAAUUACGAUGAUAAGUU